AUGUCCACAAAAAACACCUUCAACAUCAUCCUACGUUUCUUCUCAUCAUUCAUAUUCAUAUUCCAAGCAACAGCUAUAGUCAUGUCCACUCCCACAGACAUCCACGACCUUCUCCCUGAUUACGGUUUCCCAAAGGGCAUCCUUCCCAACAACAUCGCCUCCUACACCAUCUCCCCAUCUGGCUCCUUCACCGUUCAUCUCGAAUCCCCCUGUUACGUUCACUUCUCCGAUCAAUUAGUCUACUACAACACCCUCAUCACCGGAACCCUCACUCACGGUUCCGUUUCCGGCGUGUCGGGGAUCCAGGCCAAGAUGCUUUUCAUCUGGCUCCCUGUCACCGGCAUGGAAGUUGAUUCACGUUCCGGCAUGCUUGAAUUCUUCGUCGGAGCUUUGUCCAAGAAAUUACCGGCGAAUCAGUUUCAAAAUGUGCCGGGCUGUUCUUCAAAGGCGGGUAAAGGAUCCAACACGACAUACUUUGUGGAUCUUAUUAUGUGA